AACAUGGUCGCGCUAUAUACGUUUCAAAAGGCAUAUGGCGGACGUUUUAUAUAUUUUUGCAUCGAAAACUGAUAAAAUCCUUUAGUUAUGAGUAUCUUGUGACCGCUAGAGCGUAUUUGUUAAAAAUUAGAUGAUAAACGUUAGUUUUUAAUGUGUAAAUAAGUCUAUUAUAUCUAGAGUCUUAUAAAUAUUGAUAGUAUUUUCGUGCGUGGACGUUUUGAUCCGUAUUGUUGAAAAACGAAAAGUCUGUGAUAUAAACAAUACAUAGGUGAUAGAAUAAUUUCCUGAACAAUUUUGUAUAUAUUGUAAAGUUGUUAUAGAAUUUUAGCGAAAGUAAUAAUAUAUUGCGAGAAGACUGAGUAACUGAGUGGAGGAUUUGCGAGCUAUGUCAGCUGUGAACCUAUUGUCUUCUUUGAGGGAGAAACCGACCGAUGAAAACCCGGAUGAUGGCUCGAACCACGAAGGUGAAGACAACGGCGUGUCGGGCGGCGGCGGCGGGGGCGGCGACCCGGCAGUCCUCGCAGUCGGGCCGGCCCGCAAGCCGCUCCAGUACUCGCGCGACCAGCUCAUGCGACUGCGCAACUCGCCGCUGGUCAAACGCAACCUGGAGAACGCGUUCGCUGGCUGCGAGGCUCUGGCGCUGGUGUUGAAGAGACGUUCCGAUUCGCCCAACGAGGAAGACCGAGGCGCGAGAGGCGAUGCACCCAAUGAGAACCAUAAGGGUGUGUACGGCCGUGACCGCGACCGGGAGCGUCGGUCCGCCGACCCUCGCGAACGCGUCCGGAAGGAGUCCGAACCGAGCGGCGGCGGCAUCGUGCUGUCCCCGCAACGGCGCAGCUUCACCUCGGGCUGCGGGGCUCCGGCCGCCGCGGUGCCGGUGGCGCCGCCGCCCCACCUGGCGCGGACCCGGCCCGAGUCGCCGCUGCCGGCCGCGGCACCGGCUCCCGUGCAGCCGGCGCAUCCUGCUAAGACUAAUGAGCAAGGUGGUCGUCGCAUCGGCUCAGGUCGUAUCAUGGUCCGCGACGUGCCGAACAGCGCGUGGGAGGAGGGCGAGUACCGCGGCGCCGAGCCCUACCGCCCGCCGCGCGAGCGCGAGCGCGAACGUGAACGCGAGCGCGAACAUGCUCGCCCUAACAACGACAGGUUCGAACGGCGCUCGUUCGGAAGAGACUCCUACUCCUCUGACAUCAAGAGGGAACGGGACGAUCGCUUCAUCAAUGAGAAGAUGCAACAUAGAGAGGACAACCGUAGAUCUGGUGGUCGCUUCUCUCAACGACGUCUUGAGAAGGAAGACGAACCCGAAUGGUUUAGUGGAGGGCCCACAUCUCAACUGGAAACGAUCGAGCUCCGCGGCUUCGACGACCCUCGCGACCCGCCCAAGAAGAACGGCAAUGCUAACGGCAAGGAGACUGAGAAGUGGAACAACAACGGCGGGUCGCGGUCGCCGGCGGGCGAGCGCUGGCGGGACACGUCGUCGCCGCUCGCGCAGACCAACAACGACUCCGCUAACACCACCAGUGAAAAGGAUUCAGGCGUGGAAUCGAAGCCCGAGGAGCCUCCUGCGAACAACGAGCAGCCCGAGUUCAACCUGGACGAGUUCCUCAAAUUCGACUCCAUUCCAGAUGUGCUGACCAACGGCGGCGGCGAGUCUGAAGGCGGCAGUCGCUUCAGCCGCUGGUUCCGGCGCGAGAGUCCCACCAACGAUGCCAAGCAUUACGAGCGACUGCUGCAUAAUAUGGUCGAUGAGCUGGACAACACCCGCCCCGAGGCGCCGACUACGGAGUCGGACACGCACGUGUUCGCGCCCAUCUCGCCGGCGUCGCGGGCGCCGCAGCAGCACACCACGCUGUUCGACCUGCUGCUGCGGGCCAACGCGCAGCACCACGACAACAGACCCGAGGUGAACCACGUGCAUGGCGGCAAAGUGCACAGCUUAGAGGAGCUGGAGGCUCGUCUGCGGCCGCAGCACUCGCAGCAUCAGCCGCAACAUCAGCAGCAUCAGCCGAUGCAUCAGCAUCAGCACCACAACGUACCUGAUCAUGAUCUCACUGCUUUUAAACGUCUCUUGGCGCAGGUGUCGGGCGGGCACGCGGUGACGGCGGCGGCAGACCCGCCGCGGCCGCAGCCGCAGCCACAGAACUUGAGCUUGAUGCAGAUGCUAAAGAAGAGCGUGGAGCAACAGACGGCUCAGCAACAGCACCAGCAGCAACAACAGCAACAACAGCAACAGCAGCAACAACAGCCGCACAUACCGCAGGAGCUCCUUUACAAGCUCUUGCAAGUGCAGCAACACCAGCAACAGCAGCAACAACAGCAACAGCAGCAGCAACAAGCAACAGGCGGCGAGAUGGGAGGCAUCGCGGCCGCCGACAGGGAGCUGCUGCAGCGGCCUGAGGCCCAGGCUAUUGUGCGAGGUCUGCAAACUGGUGAGAUAACUGCUCAGCACCUGAUGCAGCAGCUGAGCAACCCUGGGCUGCAGAGUCGUCACCGCGAGGUGCUGCUCACCAUACUCAGGCUGCACCAGCAUCAGAGACAGAUGGGCGAGUCACCGCUACCGGGGCCGCAGCACCUGAUCGUUCCGGGCCACCACCAGCCGCUGCGUCUGUCGCCGCUGCCACAUCAAGCAUUCUGUGUGUCGCCUAUAAUGGCCACCAGCCCCAACACACUGUCCGUGCACCAUCCAGGCGUGCCGGUCCGCAUCCCGUCCCCGCGCGAGCUGGCCGUGCACACGCAGUCCAUCAUGCAGAGCGCCCUCAUCAAGAAGAAGCUGGAGGAGCAGCGCGAGAACAGUCGCCGCCACCACCAGCUGCAGCAGCCCAAGCAACCCACGCCCAUCUCCUUCACCCCCACCUCGGUUUUACGUAAAAUGACUGCAGAGAAAGAGUCUGACGCGCCCAGUCCGAAGCAGCAGCAGUGGUCGCAGCCACCCAAGGUGCCGCAGGGCAGGCCAAUUGUUAAGGGUAAUCAGAGCGGCACAGCGCCGACGAUCGGGUAUGCCACACCCAAUGACUACCAGCAGCACUACAUGACCCAACAACAGCAAAUGCUGGGUUCAGUUCGCCCCUUCCCUCAUCCUCCUCAGAGGCAGCAAGUACCCAAUUCAUACAAUAAUAUGAACAACAUGGCUCGCGGCAUGGCGGGCGGCACGUCGCUACAUAAGCUGCUCAUACAGUCGCAUCAGAGGAGUCUUAAUGGCGAUUUCGCAGAGAUGGGCGGCGCUGGCGGCACGGGCGGCGGCGACAACCAGCUCGCCCGCUGGUUCAGCCCCGAGCUGCUCGCGCGAGCCUCGGCCGGCAAGCUGCCCUCCGUGCACGUGCCCAACGCGCUCUCGCUCGAGGACCUCGAGCGCCACCACCACUCCUCCGCGCCCGUGCGGAACUGAGCGCCGCCGCACCACCACCCGAUAUAUAUACCCCGUCUGUAGUGCUACCAGCUGUGGAGGUCGAUGAACUCUGUAGCCUGCUACCAGCUGUAGAGGUCAAUGAACUCUGUAGCCUGCUGACUACGCUGCCCUCAUAAGCGCAAAAGCGGUAUCUCACUGAAAACUAGGUUAGGUAGAGAUUUGUAAAAUUAAUGUAAAGUAAAACUGAGAUAGAGAAAACUUUCGUAACUUUUUUAUUAUACCUUAUAAGUGCGCAUUUUUUGAGCUAUCCGAUGGCAUAAAAAUUAAAAUUUCGUUUUUUUUUAUUCCUGUUUUUGCGCUUAGUAGGGCAGCACACGGGUCUAUAUACUCUGUGGCCAGCUAGCAGCUACAGAGGUCAAUGAACUCUGUACCCAGCCUGCAACUACAGAAUGCAAUCAAACUCUUUUGUUUCGUUCCAAAUUUGAAUUUACCAAACCUUCGAUUCCAAUAGCAAUAUCGUCGAACUCCAUUUUAGAAUAAUUUGAAUAAUUCUAGAAUUAGUUCACUCGUUCACUCCAUUCGUCAAAAGUUGACCGUUGUAAAAAUUAUCUGUCAGCAAAAUAGCGUAAAUUAUGACGUAAACGAGUAAAUAUUGCAUGAUAAACAUAAAUUAAUAUAACUGAUGACUUUAAUGCAAACUUGUCCAACUUCUGUUUUCAUUAGAUCUGAACCGUUUUGAGUUUCUAUGGACUUGCCAUGUUGUUUAUUUGGAACAUUGAAAUUAUGUAUAUGACUUGAACUUGUUAUACUCAUAUUGUGGGACAUCGUGUAGAAAUAAUCCACCAAUAGAACCAAAUGUGUUGCGUUCCUACAACUAAUCAAAAGACAUCGAAAUACAUUGAUAACUUGCAAGCACGGACGAAGUAUGAAAUAUGUAAGAAAUAUUUUAAUGUAUAUCGUUUAAGACCUGAUUUUGCCCAUUAGUAGUGUUUUGAAGUCCGCGACUUGUUAACCUUUCGUUAUAGAAACUUGAAAACUUAGAUAACUUACGAAACAAAAGUUAAUGUUCCCCUUCAAUAUGUAACCGGACAGGACUAGUAUUUACUUGAGGUUGCAGCUGAUGGCGAGUAGCAAUUUUGAUGUAUUAAUUUGUCUAGGCUGUUUCGACUGAUAGUCAUUAUUUUGACCCGCCGUCAGCUCCCUUCUCUGACUUCCAAUUGACUUCGUUCGUCGUGGAGUAGUGACUCCUUCCAUGACGCUCCGAGCCGGCCGCUGCGCCGCCUCCGAGCCGCGAGACUGAUGCGAAUGUGUGCGUGACUGUGUAUACGUAUGUCUACGGUUGUGUUUGUAAGCAUUUUUGUUACUACGUCGUUUAUGUGAGGAGAAGGAUUUUCGUUGAUAAAAAGUAAUAAUAGAAGUAUUGUCGUUCCCCGCGUCUGUACUCAGCGAGGCGGGAACACCGACAUAGUUAGGGCGACCUUUUUAGUUCCGAAUCGCGAUUUCAUUUUGUAAUACGAUUUUGGAAUUUGGCACAAGUGUAACGAAAAAAAAACUUUAACAUUUGUGUUUGAAAUUCCUUGAAUAUAUUUUUUUAUGAAUUUUACGAUUCGCGUGCGAUUUUAGCGAUUCUUUUUUUCAUCAUUGAGACCUGAGCUAGAUGCAUGUCAAUUAUCAUUUCGGAUAGCCGCACAGUAGGAGCGUAUACAGAUGUACCCAGUCCAACUUAUUAUAAAACGUGGCUUCAGUGCUAGGCUCAAACCAUCGUCCAGAACAAAGUUAAUGGUAUAAACCUUGUACUAAAGCGGGUACUUUAUAAGACCACGUUUUAUAAUAAAGUGGAGUAAGUAAUACAUAGGACCGACCGGUUUUGUUUCUCUUCCCUGUGUACGCCCUUACGACAAAUGUAGAGUAUUACCGUCCAGAAAGCGUAUGUCAAUCUGUUUAUUGGAAACUCAAGCAAUUAUACUACGUACAUACAG